UUUUUUUGGCAUAAUGUUUAUAGCAAAAAAUAAUUAUUUAAUUUUCUUUAUUAUUUUAUUUAAAUAUUCUGUGGCUGUCAGAAAUAAAGAAAUUGAUGAAAAUUAUCAGCGUUUAAUUCCCUUAAAUCAAAUACCAAAUAAUUGUGAACAUUCUAAAGAUAAUGAAUUAAAUUCUGAACCGGCAAAAGAAUAUGGGUUUGUUGAAAAUAUUGGACUAGAAAAAUGUAAAGUUUGGUUAGAUGAAGAACAAAGUACUUCUAGUGAUGAAAAUGGGCAUUAUGAACGUUAUAAAUGUAAACACUUGAGAGUUCACGGACAUUUUAAUGAAGAAACUGGCAAAUGUGAAUGUAAAACAAAUUGGAAGGGGUUAAUAUGUAAUGAAUUUAUCGGUUGUCCAGUUAAUUAUUCGUAUUUCUUAAAUGUUUGUACACCAAAUAUUUGUCAACAUGAUGGACAAUUAGCAUUAGGUUCUAAACAUAUUGAAUGUAUUUGUAAAGCACCUUGGGAUGGAAGGUUUUGUGAAAGACUUGCUUGUUGGAGAAUGGCUGAUAAAGAACAUGAAAGACGAUGGAGAAAUUCAAUAGAUCAUUGUAAAUGUGCAGAUAAUUAUUCUGGUGAAAAUUGUGAAACAAUAAUAUCCUGUCAAAAUGGGGAAUUUAUUAAUGAAAAGUGUCAAUGUGCAGAAGGAUGGACUGGAGAAAUUUGUGACCGUAAAUGUACUCCUGGUCAAACGUAAAUUUUAAGAAAUAAUAUUUAAUAGAAACUAUCGGUUGCUUCUAAUUAUUUUUACUGAAAGGAUAAAAAAUUGGAAUAUUUUUCCGCUUUUAUCUAAACUAGAGUUAGCCAAUUUAGCCUAACUUUAAAAUUAUUCUUUAACUGGCACGCAAAGAAAAUUAUAUGAAUUAUACUACGUCGAAAGUGUAUAAAUUUGCAUCCGGAAGUAAAAAUUUAAAAAAAAAAGCAAUCGUUAAGGGGGACUAUAAAAUCGGACAGGAGCUUUUCAAGAAAACUGAAACCAAAAAACCGGAAGCAAACCUUUCAGCAAAGCUUCAGUGUAGUAUCGACCUUGUUAGGAAAAAUAGUGCAUUAAUUUCGAUUUAUGGUAGAAAUUCA